AUGAGCGCAAACGAUCACAUUCACCUGGACCCGGCCCAGCGCAAGCCCCAUUUGAAGGACCAACCAACCACGUCCUCUGCGCCGGCGUCACUGCCUCUGGGGAAGCAACAUAGCCAUCCGCGGGGAUCGACGGGCGACGAGGAUGCAAUCGUUUUCUUCAUCGGCAACGCCACCACCGUCCUGGAAUGGAAUGGGGUCCGAAUCCUCACAGACCCGAACUUCCUGCACGCCGGCGACCACGUCCACCUGGGGCCGGGCGUCUCGGGCAAGCGGCUGAAGAGCCCGGCCGUCGACUUGCAUGAGCUGCCGCCACUCGACUGCAUCUUGCUCUCGCACUACCACGAGGACCACUUUGACAGGAUGGUCGAGGGCUCUCUGAGCCGCGACUUCCCCAUCAUCACCACGCCCCACGCCAAGAAGUGCCUGACCUCGGACAGAAAUGAGGAUGACCCAUUCACCUCGGUGCGGGCCCUGGACUUCUUCCAGAGCGUGAUGCUCUAUGUCGACGGAACUGACAGCGGCAGCAGCGAUGGCAAGGCCGCCAAGACACCUGUCAUCAAGGUCACCGCCACGCCGGGCAAGCACGUUCCCCCGGGCCUACUCUCCAUGGCCAACGACCUCCUGCACGCCGUACCACCAACAAACGGAUAUCUUUUGGAGUUGGGCUACAGCCCCUCCCCGCCUCCAGCACGGCCCACCGCAGCACCUGAGUUGAGCCCCGACGGCUACCGCAUCUACAUCUCGGGUGACACGCUGUUCGUGGACGAGCUGAGGGAGAUACCCGAGCGCCUGGGCCGGGGCCGCAUCGACCUGAUGCUGGUGCACCUAGGCGGCACCACCAUCCCCAGCCCGUCGGCGCCGCUGGUCAUGGUCACCAUGGAUGCCGAGCAGGGGCUGAAACUGAUGCGUCUUAUGGACCCGGAUGUGACGGUGCCGAUCCACUUUGACGACUAUGACCUGUUCCUGUCGCCGCUUUCGGACUUCAAGGCCGGGGUUUCGGAGGAGGGGUGGGAUGGCCGGGUGGUCUAUCUGGAUCGGGGGGAGCAGUAUCGGUUCAAGGUCAGGGAGUGA